AUGCCCUCUGCUAGCUUACUCGUUUCAGCGAAGAGAAUCAAUGCUUCAAGGUUCCAAAAACUCGUCUAUUCAUUAAACAAAGCAACUAUAGCAGGAUUUGCAUCUGUGCCCUUGAGAGCUCCGCCUUCUGUUACGUUCACGAGAAAGAAGGUCGGCUACUCGAAGAGAUACAUUUCGUCUACUAAUGGCUUUUCAGCCACCAGAUCUACUGUCAUUCAACUGUUGAACAAUAUCAGCACGAAGAGGGAGGUCGAACAAUAUUUAAAAUAUUUCACCUCUGUCUCGCAACAACAGUUUGCUGUGAUCAAGGUAGGUGGUGCCAUUAUCAGCGAUAAUCUGCACGAAUUAGCCUCCUGCUUGGCAUUUUUGUACCAUGUUGGUCUGUAUCCAAUUGUUUUACACGGUACUGGUCCUCAAGUUAAUGGUAGACUAGAGGCGCAGGGGAUUGAACCUGACUACAUUGAUGGUAUUAGAAUCACAGAUGAGCACACAAUGGCUGUGGUUAGACGUUGUUUCCUCGAGCAAAAUCUUAAGUUGGUGACCGCAUUAGAACAGCUGGGUGUCCGUGCAAGACCUAUUACUUCGGGCGUUUUCACUGCUGACUAUUUGGACAAGGACAAAUAUCAACUAGUGGGGAACAUAAAAAGUGUUACAAAAGAACCUAUUGAAGCAUCUAUUAAAGCGGGUGCCUUACCAAUUUUGACUUCGCUAGCCGAAACUGCUUCCGGCCAAAUGUUGAAUGUCAACGCCGAUGUAGCUGCUGGUGAACUGGCCCGUGUUUUCGAGCCAUUGAAAAUUGUUUACCUAAAUGAAAAAGGUGGUAUUAUUAAUGGCUCUACUGGAGAAAAAAUCUCGAUGAUUAACUUGGAUGAAGAAUAUGAUGAUCUAAUGAAGCAAAGUUGGGUUAAAUAUGGUACCAAGCUAAAAAUAAGGGAAAUCAAAGAACUAUUGGACUAUUUACCACGUUCUUCUUCAGUUGCAAUUAUUAAUGUACAAGAUCUGCAAAAGGAGUUGUUCACGGAUUCUGGUGCCGGUACCAUGAUUAGAAGAGGUUAUAAAUUAGUGAAAAGAUCGUCUAUUGGCGAAUUUCCAUCCGCUGAUGCUUUAAGAAAAGCUCUUCAAAGAGACACCGGCAUUAGUUCUGGCAAAGAAUCUAUUGCUUCUUAUUUAAGAGAUUUAGAAAAAUCUGAUUUUGUUUCCUAUGCUGAUGAACCACUUGAAGCAGUGGCCAUUGUCAAAAAAGAUACCAAAAUUCCAACACUUGACAAAUUUGUCUGUUCUGACGCAGCUUGGUUGAACAAUGUCACCGAUAACGUCUUCAAUGUUUUACGCCGUGAUUUCCCUGCUUUACAAUGGGUAGUUAAUGAAGAUGAUGCGAACAUUGCAUGGCAUUUUGAUAAGUCUCAGGGUUCAUAUUUGAAAAAUGGGAAAGUUUUCUUCUGGUACGGUAUUAAUGAUUUAAAUACAAUUUCUGAGUUGGUUGAAAACUUCGUGAAGUCUUUUGAUACUGUUGCUCGUCCCAAUCCAUCUGAAACUAACGGAGUAUUUACCAACGGAAAAUCAGUUAGAUCGUAUUCGACUAGAUCUACUCCUCGUCCGGAAGGAAUCAACACUAAACCUGGUCGUGUUGCACUUAUUGGCGCCAGGGGUUAUACAGGAAAGAAUUUGGUGUCUUUGAUUAACAGUCACCCAUAUUUAGAAGUGACCCAUGUUUCUUCACGUGAAUUGGAAGGACAAAAGUUACAGGAUUAUACAAAAUCCGAAAUCAUAUACGAAAACUUGCGAGUAGAGGAUAUCAAGAAACUGGAAGAGCAAAAUGCGGUGGACUUCUGGGUAAUGGCAUUACCAAAUAAAGUUUGCGAGCCUUUUGUUGAAACAAUUCAAAGUGUGAAUGGCAAGUCUAAAAUUAUCGAUCUGUCUGCUGAUCACAGAUUUGUUUCAGAAUCAGAAUGGGCUUAUGGUUUACCAGAAUUGAACAAUAGAGAAAAGAUUGCAGACGCUACCAAGAUUGCUAACCCUGGUUGUUAUGCUACUGGAUCGCAAUUAACCAUAUCCCCCUUGACUAAGUAUAUCAAUGGGCUUCCAACUGUUUUUGGUGUUUCAGGAUAUUCCGGCGCUGGAACAAAGCCCUCUCCUAAGAACGAUCCCAAGUUUUUGAAUAAUAACUUAAUUCCUUAUGCUUUAAGUGAUCAUAUCCAUGAGCGUGAAAUAUCGGCUCGUAUUGGACACAAUGUUGCGUUCAUACCCCAUGUUGGACAGUGGUUUCAAGGCAUUUCCUUGACAGUCUCCAUUCCAAUAAAGAAAUCUUCCUUGUCUAUUGAUGAAGUCAGGCAAUUAUACAGAGAUUUUUACAAAGACGAAAAGUUGGUUCAUGUCAUUGACGAUAUUCCACUGGUUAAAGAUAUCGGAGGUACGCAUGGCGUUGUUAUUGGUGGGUUUAAGCUGAAUAAUGCUCAAGAUCGUGUAGUUGUUUGUGCAACUAUCGAUAACCUACUCAAAGGUGCAGCCACCCAAUGUUUGCAAAAUAUCAAUCUUGCGAUGGGUUAUGGAGAAUAUGCUGGUAUCCCUGAAGAUAAAGUUAUUGGUAUCUGA